AAAGAAUAAAACGUUACUAUAAUAUUUUUAGAUUAUUUUUUUGUUAUUGAAUAUUUAGAUACGCAAAAUUACAUCGAUACCAAUAAUUUUGCCAACAUAGAUAAUAAUUUGAAUGCUUUAGAAGUCACUAUAGAAAAAAGCAGUAAGUAUACCUUAAUCUGAAUACAUAAAAAAAAUAAUAUUACUCAAGUGCAUAUAGAGAGAUAUUUAUCAAUCAUGUAUUAAUAUUAUUUAUCCCUAUCUAUAAUUUUGUUCAUAAAAUACGAAUAAUAAAAUUUUAAAAAAUUUGAUUACAAAAUAUUUGAUUAAACCAUACAGAAAUAAUUUGAAAUAAAUAAGGAAAAAUGGGGGUGAACUGAUUUCUGGACUGAAAAUUUUCUUUCUCGAUAUCAGGUAUCAUGACUAAUAAUUUCCGUUCAAAUGUAAUUUUUUUAAUUUCAACAAAAAGAAACAAAAUUUAUCCUUAGUCUUAGCUGUCAUUUACUUCUACUAUAGCGGCUCUAUAUUAGUACUUUUUAGGUACUGCGUUUUAUGAUCGAAGACAUCAAUCUACUAAUAAUUUUUCUAUGACAUUUUAAUUUUAUAUUUCAGCAGUUCUCAUACUUUUUUUGUUCGCGGAGCCCUUAUGUUUCUAAAAUAUAUUUUAGCGCCCGAAAAUUCAGAAAUGUCUAUUUGAGACAAUAAUAAUUCAUAAAAAAAUUAUUUUAACUGUAAAUGAAUUGCUUUUUAAUUUUUAAUUUUUUUUGUUUAAAUACGAAUGUAUAGAAAUUAUUUAAUUAAUUGAGUAGCAAAAAAGAAUAUCAUAAUUUUUUAGUAAUUUAUACAUUUUAAUAAGUAUUGAUUGUAAUGUGAUCCAUGAUGUUGGUUUUUUUCAUUGGCCAGUAUUUUAAUAUUUGGUUUGAUAAACGAGAGUUAAGUGCGAUUUUUUAACAUCUAAUUAAAUGAGAUAUUUUUUGUUCUUUGUUGUAUAUGAAAAAAAUUCAGAUUUACACAGAUAUGUUAUGGCAAAAGAAGAAGUGAAAGCUUUUUUAACCAGAGAUUGAUAUUCGUUAAUAUUACUGCUACUGCACCAAAAAUCUAUUAAUAGUAUUUUAUCAAAUAAAGUUUUUAACGGCGAAUCGGUGGUCAUUUUAAUAAAAAAUUUGCAUUCUGUUAUAGAUUAGUCUUCGGGCUUAUCGUUGAUUAAAAAUGGAUUUUUAACCCAAAUUCUUUAUCUUUAUUAUCUGAAAAAUAUUUUUCUGAUGACUAUAAUAUUUCAUUUAAACGUUCUUCAAUAUAUAUUUCAUCAAAUUCUUCAAUAUUAUUAUCAAUCGAUUUUUAAUAUUAAUAUAACAAAGCAAAACUACUUAUACAUUCUAUGUUGAGAAAAACUUUCAGCCCAAAAUUUAAUUUUUGUUUUUUAAAAGCUUAUAUUUCGUCAUUUGCGGUGAAAAUUGUAGAAAUUGUACCUUGUAUUGAUAAUUUUACUUCAUUUCAUUUUAUGCAAAUAUCAGCUAAAUAACUAAGUCAAAAUAACCAAAUUUUAUCGAUAAGUUUGAAUUGUAAAUUUAAUAGGUGUUCAGUGAACAAAACCAACUAUUCAUUGCGCAAAUUCAAGUAAGCGUACAAGUGUUUUAUCUUCAUAUCUUCAUACAAAAUUGAAAACAGUAUUGUGCUCAAUGUUCGAGAUUUUACAAAAUUUAUCAUCUUUACUAGGCAGUCCUCGAAGACAAUUUUAAGAGCUAUUGGCAUUUUUUUACGGCGACAGCUUGCAAUUUGUAUUAUUAAAAUUUUUGUUAAUUCAUUAAUUCGCGAAACCACGCAAGCAGUUUUUUCAACCAUUGCCUUCGUCCCAUCUGUAAAAAUAUCAAUACAGUUAUCCGAAAUCAAUUUUUUCAAUUUUGAAUAUAUAAGUGGAUAAGUAUAAGUGGAUUAAGUCGGACAUAAUAAGAGGUAUUUCCUAAACAAAAGUUUAAUAUUUAUACCUAACGAAUACAGCUAAUCCAGCAAGUUCAGUAAAUGUGUCCAUUUGGAAAGAAAAGUUAUUACAUUUAUGAGGAUAUUUUAAUUCACAUUUUAUGUAAAAUGAUUCAUCGUUAAAUCCACGCUUCUAACUAUAUCGUUGGGAAGUGAAAUGGUAUUAAUUUGUUUAACUGACUUUACAUAUAACAUUCAACUAACAAUAUCAGUCACACAAGGUUUAAUGAAAGUUUCAAAGAUUGUGUGAGCUUUACCAGCCUGAACUAGACGAUAACUGACCAUGUAAGAUGCUUUUGUUGCUAUUUCGUUUACUGUUUUUGAUAGAUCAGCUAAAAAGAUCGUAUUCGUUAUUUGUUGAUGAAGCAUUCCAAAAAAAAUCCAAAAGGAAUUGUCCCUCAUAUAUUUAUGGUAAGUUUCAAGAUACCGACACAAUUUGGCGUAUUUUUGGAUGGUGUAUAUGUAACAAGUAAUGGCGGAAGAAAUUAUAAAAGCUACUUGGGUAUUAAAAAAACAUACUACAUUAUAGUGCAAGUAAAACGGACGAAAUACCGACUUUCAUCAUCUAAUCUCGUUUUGACUACGACACAAAAUAUGCAGAUUCAUAAGUAGUUCAAAAUUUUAAAGUUUAAAAUAAUACGUUGGCGCGGUCGAAAUAAUAUUGAAUUCAAGUAUACAAAUGGAACUAAGAAUUUAAUAAAUGAUUGACUUUAAUUAAUAAAAAAAGUGUCCAUGGAGCCACGGAGCUCAUAGACUACUAUCGCAGGGCCGAAUUUAUUUAAUAUUCUUCAAUAUAUUUCUAUCUAUGAGUAUUUCGUCCCAUUUUCUUGUAACCGAAUUUUUUUAUUCAUUACAUUAUUUUUUUAUAAACAAUUGUGUCUGAUUAAUCUAUUUACUAUCGAUUACCGUUAUAAAAUACUGAAAAUAAUGCACAAAAUCGAGGGAAAUAUAAAACUAUGAUCGAAAAAUUCUACGAAAAGGUACUAAGUAUUUACCUUUAUAAAUUUAAAAACAUUAUGCCAAAUAGAGUUGUUCAUAUCGAUUUAUAUAAGUGAAAUUUUAAUAAUGAAUUUUUAAAAUCCCCUUUAAAUUCUUCUGUGCAGUACCACUUAAUCAACACGUUGUUCGACGAAAUACACGAAUAAAAACGUGUAAGAUUGACGAAAAAAUAUAUUAAACGAUAAAUAAGUAUUCAUACUUUAUCAUUUGUUUGAUUUCUUAAACAAGUAACUUGAAAUAUAAUUAUUGAAUAUUCAGUCAAGUAAUAAUUAUGUCUGACUCCUUUAUUUAAUAAAAUUGAAUAAAAUUAUGUACGUUAUAGUAAUUCGCUUUAUUUUUUUAUCCAUAGAGAAAAGAAUAAAGGAAUGUAACGGUAGGAUAUCAAUAUAAAUAUUUUACUUUAAACAAUUUAAUUAUCGAACAAAACAAUCAUUAUCAAUGUUACAUUAUGGACGGCUGUUAAAAUAUACAUUUAAAUUUUGUUUUCCGUAGAUCAAUUAUUACUAUUUUAUCAUAGUAAGUGUACGGUUUUUAUUAAAGCUUAUAAACAGUAGGUAAUAUGUAACGUUUAAGUCCUGUGGUUCCUUAAGCAUCCAAUUUACUUAUUUUUUAAUUUGUGAUAAAUCAACGAAUUUCAAAAAGCUUUCCUAUUUACAUAAUAUAAUUUCAUAUAAUUUUAAACAACAUUUCAGCUCAAUUUGAAAUGCUCUUUAUUGAAUUUAUUAAUUUUAAAUCUAUAUAUAUAUAUGAGUAUUUAAAUAGGUGGUUAGACUUUCAUUAUUAUUAUAAUUUCAGCGAAUUAAUUGAGAUUAUAUUUACAUAUAUGUUAUACACUAUAUAUUAUUUAAGUUUUUAAAUUAACGUCGUUCUUAAUAAAACCAUAUAAGUAUUUUUUCAUAAUUCAUAACCAUGUGUGUAUUUUUUGUUUGUAUACUGAUAGAAAUGCGGGAAUUUUUUAUUUUUAGGUGAAGAUCCUAUUCAAAAUUUAAAAUUCGGAUACACGUUUUUAAGUAAGCAAAUCUGACAUUUUAUAAUAUUCAAACAAUCUUGAUUUAUAUAUUUAAGUGGGAUAUAAUUCCUGGAUGGACUAAAUUUCGAAACAAAUUUAUAAAACAAUAUAAUUAUUUCUGUGAGAUAUUAUUUUCUAUUAAAUAAGAAAGAUUAUUUAAUAUUGUUAUAAUUCCGGAAAUAAAAAAGAUUACGUUUUUUUUUUUUUUUUUUUACAUAUAUUACUUGAAGAAUAACAAACUAUUAAAUUUUUAAAAAAAUUACAAAGAAAAAAUUGGUGAUCGGUACACAAAAAAAUAAAAGUUUUAUUUUAUCGUUUGGGUUUUUAUCAAUUCAUCAAUAUUUUAUUCGAUCGUAACCUAUGAUACAUUAUAUAUAUAUUUUAUAUCUGUAUUGUAAUAAUAGUAUUUCAACCCAACUUACAGGCAUCAAUACAUUGAAGUCAUACCGUAAGUUGUUUUUUUUAUAUAUUAAGGAGCAUUUGAUUGGAAUCGUAUAUUCAUUGAACAUGGCUUUUAAACUAUUUGAACUCGUUCAAAAUCAAAAAAAAAAAAAAGAGACAGCAGUACAAAAAUUUUUAAAACAAAUUUUGUAAUUCGUUGCGUUGUUGUAAAAAAAAUAGCGUUCAUUAAAUCAUUUUUUUUUUUUUUUUUUGUUUAAUUAUUUUAAAAUAAAUAAAUUAUUUAAAUGAAUUCAAUUUAUACAUUGUAACCACAAACAGAACAGCAUCUGAAUUACUAUAUUUUUCAGAUUACGCAUUGGAAUAUUUUAUGUCUCUUAUUAGCCAUGAAAUGUUUAAGAGUAAGUAUUGUUGUAAACAUAUAAAUAGUAAUACUACGGAACGUAGAUUUUAACAGAUAGGCGACGAUUUUCACACAUUAUUCGUAUACCCUGGUUAAUAACAUUAUAAAUUUUUUAGCAAAAUUUUAGCGUUAGUGUUUUAAUACCAAUUUUGGGUUAUAGAAUUCCUGGGUUAUUGAACAUACCGAAUUCUAUAUAUACGUCGACUUAUUGAGCCUGACAUAAAACCUUAAUUAGCUUAACUGUAUAAAAAUAUCAAUAAAAAUUGUUUUUGAAUUUUUAUUUGUCCAAUUCACUGUCACUAUGUUAAUAACUGUUGAUAUGUAAGUAAGUAUAGAUUAUGGAUUUUGACAAUGAAAAUAUGUAUAAUAUUAUAUUUUCUUAAAAACUUAUGUUUUGAUUAUAAUAUUUCAUACAAGAUAAUAUAGUAACCCGUUUAAUUUUUCUAGCUACAGAUGAAUUCAAAACUUUUAAGGAAUGGUGCACAACCGCUUUUGGAUCUGAUGAUGAAAGUUAGUGAGAUGAAUUGUAUUUAUCGAAUUUGAAAUAUUAUUUGUUAACGACACAAACCUUUGUACAUCAACCAAGGCAGUUUUUUCGUAUUUCGUACACCAAAUAUACAUCUUUUUAUGAGAUAUGAGCAAUGAAUGAAAUAUAGGAAAUUAAAUGGUAGGAGCAGGAAUUAAAAAUUGCCACUUCCAACACACAUAUCCUGGAUACUAACACCAAUAUGCUCCGAACAUAUAUCCAUGGUAUAAUUCUAAUUUUGUAUGAUCUGUACAAAACUAAAAAAAACCCUCUUUUCACAGCAAUGCUGAAAUAAUUCCGAAUGUUAUUAUUUCGAUUUCGUUUAAAAAAAAAAAACGAUUCUCGAGUUUGGGAUAAUUUAGUACGGAUGGAGCCAUAAAAAGUGUACACAAGUAGUGGGUAUAGUAUAUUCAAACACUUAUGUAUAAUGAACGAAUGUGAAGUUUGAGGUUCGGUUAAACUUGUUUUUAAAUGCCGUAAAUUAACAAUAAUUUAUUAAUAAUUAAUGUGUAUAAAUUAUAUUAUAACUUAUACCAGUUCUACCUACACAUUGAUAUACUCUUGGAAGUAAAUACUUUUUUAAAAUUAUUGUUCAUUCUUUUUUAGUUAACCGAUGUCAAGGUAAGACAAUUUUUUGCGUCUGCUAACAACUUAUUUGGUGAUUACCAGUAUUAGGUAAGUGUAUACACAAACGUCAUUUUAUACCCAUAAUAUUUUUAAAGAAAAAUACUUAUUGAAAUUAAUGAAUAGUCUAAUAUGAAAUAACGAUAAUGAAUAUGAAAUAUAUAGAAACAAUGAGUCGAACAGUCAAACAGUCGAUUAAGUCGGCCUCGAUAUGUGUAGAAAUAAGAUGGGCUUAUUCUUUAAAUAACUUUACGGAGACCAAUUUCUAAGAGACUCAGUGGAUUGUCAAGAAAAAGAUUGCAGACAAAGUACAAUUUUAGACUUCAGGUUGCUAGAUGUCAAUAUUUCAGUAACACGGAGAUGGCUGAAAAUGAUAUUGUAUCUUAUGAUUUGUGACCGUAUUGGGUUUUAAUUACUUCCCCUAAAUUAACAACAUCAACAUAAACAAUUGUCAUGUUCGGAAAUCAUGUUCUUGGUUUUCAAUUAAAUGAGGAAUUUAAAAAAUUGUGUAGAAAUCCUUACCAUUAAUGAUUUUAAUUGAGUACCAAAUAAUUAAAGAGUUUUAAAAUACACCUUUUAAUUAUUGCUGUUAUUUUUUUAACAGACAAUAUAAAAUACCUUGGUUUUUCAUGUAAGUAUUUGUAUUUGAAUAUUUUUCUAAUUCAUAAGUUUUUGUUUUUAUUGUGAAUUAAAGUGCAUGAUACACAUUGUUAGCACAUGAUGUAUCUUUGAUAAAAAUAAUCAGUAAUAAGUUCAAUAUAGUCAUGUAUAAUGCCAAGUAAUACACGAAGGAAACAGAUUAAUGAUAGGUAUAAUCAAAACUAAGUAUGAGUUUAAAGGAAUAAGAUAAGAAAGAUAACGGAAGUAAGCGGUGUCGUUAUUCAUGUGUAUAAAAGUAUGAAGUACAUAGAAUUAUUUAAAAAAAAAAAAAUAUAUAUAGCUUUGAUAAGUUUGUGGAAUUUAAUUUUAAGUAUAGUGGGAUAAAAUUAACUGAAGCGUCAGAUGGUUUAUGUAAUAAUAAAAUUUCAAUGAAAUUUAAAGUUAGGUUCUACAAUUUUUUGUAAGACUGUCCAUUUUUUAUGGUUCGGAGGUUUAGGUAGAAAAGUAGAACAGAUAGUGAGUCUACCAAUGAUAAUAAUGGCUUACAAUACUUAUUUACCAAUAUAUGAACUAGAAUAAUCGACUACGUCUAUUUGUCAGACAAAUAAAUCUUUAUAAUUAUUAUUAUAACAACUGUUAUUUAUAAACAAUAUUUCAAUUUAAUUUAAUAAUAAAUAAUAAUUAUUUAAUAUAUAAAUUUAAAUACACCUAAUUUGUACAAUAUUUUAACCCCACAGCUCGAUUGUGUAGUCACAACAUUUUUUUUUUUAUAGUGGUGAAGCGCAGUGGAUUAUCAUCUUUUGUAUGGCUAUAUUUGAAUUACGGUAAGUAAAGAAAAUUCGUUACAAUUUCCCUUCAUGUACCAUGAUCAUAAAUAAGUACAGGUGUAGGUAUACAAUAUACAAUAUUCUCAUGUUUACCAGAUUUUAUUCUUCGAUAUAACGACUAUCUAUUUUGUAAAAUUACUAUUUUAAAAAUAACAACUAAAGUAUUAUAGACAGGUAUGAUGAUUUGACUAAAAGGCAAUACAAAAUCCGCGCACUAAUGUUUAUUAACAUACGAGCAUACUGACAAGACCCAUAUGAAAGAAUCCUUAUGUUUACUCCUAAAAACAUUGACAGACUAAACCCAUUUGUAUGGCCAUGUAAAAUAGAAUAAAACACAUGCUUGCUAUCUGUUAUGAAACCCAAAUAUAUAUGGAUGUAGUUCUCAUAACUCAUAGCCUUCGAAAGACCACAAUGUUCCAUAAUAAUGUUCUCAUUGAAAUUUACAUAAUUUGUAACUUAAAAAAAAAAUUAAAAAGCCCUCCAAAGAUAAUAUGGAUGGGUGCAGCUAUUGUAAUAGGUAAUUUAAUGUAUAUAUGUAGGCAACGAUAAAUAUUUGCUUAACGAAUAAACGAUUCUGAUCUGAGUAUAGUUGACAAUGAUUAGCAUUUGAUGAGAAAACUUUUUAGAAAAUCAAAAAACUACUAUCUGGGUACUUUAAGGAGUACCUUCACAGUGAGAGUUAAUUUUAGAAAAAUUGCUAUCAUUUUAAAUAACUGGGAAAAUGGUUGUCAACAGAAAAAAAAUAUGACUUAUAUUUUAAUAAUAUAUUUCGUACAUAUCUCUGUGUGUUUAGAUUUUUNCGUAUAAGUAUUGAUAACAACCCUCGCUCUGGCCGACCCUCUACGGUUACUCAAGACAACACUAACGCGGCUAUUCUCGCAACUCUACUCGAUGAAGACCGACGAAUAACGGUGAGAGAGAUAGAGAAUGAAACAGGUAUUUCAAAAUCAAGUGUUCACCGCAUUUUAACGGAAAUUCUACAGAAACGAAAGAUUGCAGCACGUUGGGUGCCUCAUUUUCUGUCACCGGAACAGAAGGAUACACGCAAAGACAUCUGCCGUGAACUCCUUUCUCGCUACGAAAAUGAAAAAGAAACGUUUCUUGAUCGUAUAAUUGCAAUAGAUGAGACUUGGAUCCGUGAUUUUGAGCCGGAAUUAAAAUCUCAAAGCAAUAUUUGGAAGGGAAUAACAUCACCAAGAGCAAAAAAAGUUCGUCGCCAGCAAACAAAGGUGAAACAAAUGAUGAUUUUUGCUUACGAUAAACUUGGGAUAAUUGUCACUGAUCGAGUUCCAAUUGGCAGUAGUGUAACCGGGAAUUACUACAAAACAUUCCUUGCCGAAAAAUUGCGACCAGAAAUCCGUAAAAAGCGACCAGGAAUGUUACAAAAUGGUGUGUCCAUAUUGCACGAUAAUUCGCGGCCGCAUAUCGGAGCACCAGUCGUCGCUAUUUUGGAGAAAUAUGGAUGGGAACGCCUCAAACACCCACCGUAUUCGCCGGAUUUAAGUCCCCCGGACUUUGAUUUAUUUCCAAAACUAAAGGAACCACUUAGAGGGAUCCGUUUUCCCAACUUAGAUGUACUAAAUGAAGAAGUGAGCCGAAGGAUCCGUGAACUCAACAAAGAUGGCGUCCUAUGCGACAUUCAAGCGCCUCCGAAACGAUGGCAAUCGUGUAUAGACAAGCAGGGAGAGUAUAUCGAAGGUCUAUAAUAUUGUAUUUAGUUUAACAUAAAAACUUAUUUAUUCAGAGCAAAUUGUGCAUUACUUUUGGGACAACCCUCGUAUAAUACAUGUUACAAGACCUACUCCAGAAUAAAAUGUAGAGUGAUGUGUAUUAUACCACUUUUGGGGUUGCUUAUUUCUAUUUUGAAAAUAGUUUUGGUCUUCCGAAGUGUCGAUAACAAAAGUAAUACAAGUUAAAAUCACAUUAAAGUGUUAAAAGUGUCAAUUAUAUUUUUCAGUUGAAAGAGAAUUGUUUAUCAACGCAAGGUUACGUAAGUUCUAACUUUUAGAAUUUUUUUAAAGAACUCACUUAGUUAUAUUAUAUUGUGAAAUAUUAUAAUAUAUAUUAUAUAGAUACACAAAGUAAUGAACUUAUUUUAUUAUUUAUAUUUAUCAUUUAGUUUCAGAUUACAUUUUACUAUGACGUAAUAGGUAGUUUUAAAUAAUAAAAGAGCUGAUAUUAGGGACGAUGCAUCUCUCUUGUAUAAAGUUAUUUAAUUUAAACCUAAAAGCGACGAUGCUAUAUGCUUUGAAAGGUUGUAAUAUUUACGAUUUUUAUUCAAACAAAUUGUAAUUAUUUCUGUUUUAGUCUUACAAUUUCGCCAACUGAUUUUCUACCAAAAAAAAUUUAACUAAAUACUCUGAAUAUUGAAAUCUCUAUAAAUACCUCAAAAAUAGCUUAAAUAUUUUGAAAAUUUUAAAACGUCUAGGAAAAUUAAAGUUAAGUUUUGUGUAGAAAUUUCCAGACUACGAUAACUUUGCUCUAAAUUAUAGUGAAAAAAAAAAAUUAGAAAAACAAGAGUUAAUACUAUGUAUGGGUGUAACAACUGUAGCCAGUAGAGCAAGAUAGAAAAGAAUAAAACAUUAUUGUAAAAUCAAUCUUAAAUUUUUUUUUUUUCUAGGAUUCAUAUAUAGUAUAAAGAAUCCGGAAACUUUUGAGGAUAUAGAUAAACAAUUAAAAGUAUUGAACCAAAUGUUCAAUGAUUUAGAUGGUAAUUAUAAAAUGUUUAUCAUGUUUGUUAUCAUGCUUCACAAAGUGCAGAGAGCUAGAACAUUUUUAACAAUUUAAAACAUUUUAAUCAAUACACUAUUAUACCCAAAAUGAAUGUCGAACACUAGUUUGUAAGUUUUCUAUUGGUACCUUUAGGUUAUUAAUUAGUUGUUCAUACUUUUCUUUUACUGUUCUAUAUAAAGAUCCUAAAAAGAUCUGGAAUUCCGUAAACGAAAAUCGCAAUUCGAUUUCUCUUGACUCUGUCACUAGCUCAUACGAACAAGAGAUCCUUAACCUGUUUUUUGAACAUUUUUCACCGAAGUAAUACUCUUCCAACCUGAUUGAUGUUAACUUGCUGUCUUUAAAAAUACUUUCCUUUGAUUUUAUUUACCGAACAAUUGCAUCUUCUCUUCCAAUGAGAGUCUCUGAAAACAAGAUAAAAAUUGUUAUCUACGUUCAANCCCUUUCUGAUAACUUACAAAUCCAUAUUCUGAGCUAUAUUUCAAAAAUACUUGAAUCUUUCGUCUUAUUCGGUCCUUAGUCAACCCAAUUUUAAUCAAUAAACAUCCCGGAUUUUAUCCGGGCCUUUCUAAUACUACAUGUAACUAUUGUUAUUUAUACUACAUUCUUAAUGCUUUUGGUGAAGGUAAAUUAAUGGAGGUAAUUUAUGUGGACUUUGCUGCGGUUUUUGACUCGGUUUACCGUAAGGUCUAAAUUGUUAUUUUGAAAGCAUCAGGUUUUAGUGACCUUUUUAUAUCCUUGUUCAAUUAUUUUUCAUUUAUCGCUGGAAAUGGGUAAAUUUAGACAGAAUCAAGUCCGAAUUAUUUCCCUAUCCAUCUGUCGUCCCUCAAGGGUGUCAUCAUAAAUACAGAUUUAUGUUAUACAUAUAUGAAAUAUUACUUUUUUGUUUAGUGUAUGCGAAGCCUUACAUGAAGUAUCUUUUAGAAUGUGCUGAAAAAUAUUUAGGUAAGUAAAGUAAACAUUUUAACUAAAAUUUCAAUUUUGGGUGAUUACGAGGAGUUGGAAUUAUGAAUUACAGAGGCUUAAUUACUGUACUCAAAGCUUUUAAUUUAGAUUAUUACAGUACAUUACGUAUAUAGUAUAUUUCUUUAACGGCUUUUUUCUUUUUUUAAAAAAAAUUCCGUAAAAAUAAUAAUGAAAAGCAUUUUUUUUUUGUUUUUAUUAAAAUAAUAUACUCAUAUAUAAAUAAAAAUGUACAUUUAUAAAUCAAUUAAUGGUAAUAAUUAUUUACUGAAAACAGAAAACCGCUAUGGACUAGAAAAAAGUCUGAAUUAUUACUGCGUGGUACGUAUUGAAGGAAAACGAUUGUAUACACGGCCAGUAGAAGCAUAGGAAGUAUAAGCAAACCGUUCAUAUGGAUAUGUGUUAAAAAUAAACAAUUAUAUUAACUAUUUAUGAAAUUUAAACUUCAAAAAUAUUGUUUAAAUUAUACAAAAAUCGUUAAUGAUGUUAUAUUUAAUUCUUUUUUGGAAUAGUAAC